AUGUCCACAAAAGCAAUCAAGCAAGAAGAUUCAGCAUCAAAAUCAGCUCCACUCAUUAGAAUAAUCAACACAAUACAAUACGAUGAAUCAACAAAAAUCAAGCAAGAAUGUGAAAUUCAUAUUAUUGACUUUGCAAGCAUCUCAAAAGUGCAGCCAAAAAUCUACGAUGAGUUUACAUUUGACAAAAUAAAAGCAGAACCAGAACUUGAAAUUAUUGAUCAUCUUGAAUUUGAAGAUUCCAAUGAAAUUAAAAAAAGUUCAAAAUUGAAAGUUUUUGAGAUUUAUGGGAAUUUUCAGCGACUUGAAGCGUCAAAAUGGCAAGAAAGUGUAAUUAAGAAAAUCAGCAUCAGAUUUUUUUGUGAACAUUGUGAUAAAAAUUUUCAAAAUAAUCACGGCUUAACCCGACACAUCGCAACAAAGCAUAAAGACAUGAGAAAGCCAUCAAACUUAAUUUGUGAUUUAUGUGGUAAAAUGUGUUCCGAUAAGGCUAAAUUAGCAGUUCACAUGAGAUGUCAUCAGCCAAAAAUCACAUGUAAAAUUUGCAAUAAAUCCAUGAUUCCAGUUUGCCUUAAAUAUCACAUGAAAGAGAUCCAUGGUGAGCAUCCGAAGUAUAAAUGUCCUUUAUGCCUAAAUGUCUACGAUUCAGAGCAAAAAUUCAAGCAGCACACAAAGACUCAUGUUAAAAAGUUCGAAUGUACAAUUUGCAAUAAAAUAUUCUCAGCAUCAUACAGGUAUAAGCAGCAUAUGAUGUGGCAUGAGGAUUCAAAUGCAUUUUCAUGUAAAAUUUGUGAGAAAACUUUCUGCAGACGAGCAAACCUUCAAGAGCAUGUUAAGAUCCACAACAAAGACAGUGCAAAAAACCAUAAAUGUCCAAAAUGUACUUUUACAACAAUUUAUUCAAAAGUCCUUAAAUAUCAUUUGACGAAACAUGAAAAGCAGGAGAAGCGUGAGAAUAAAUUGAAAAAAUCAAAAACGGCUUUGAAGUGCAACAUUUGUUCUUUGCUUUAUAUUAAUAACAAUGCCCUUAAAAAUCAUAAGAAUAUGGUUCAUACUAAAGUUAAAUUUAUAUGUGAUUUAUGCGGAACUGAUAUGAAAGUUAAAGGAAGUAUUUAUAGGCAUAUGAAAAGGUUUCAUCUAAAAUGA